CAAAACAAGGAAAAGCCGACAUCAGGAUGGAUGAUAAAGAACCAGAGAAAACAUACAUAAAAUACGCAUUUAUUACUGUUAUUAGCAACUUGAUAACUUUAUAAACUACAUAUGUGACUUAUAACAUAGUUAGGAUGUAUUUGUGUUUUUAUAGUAUUUCAUUUAAUGUCGUAAAACCGCUAUGUGGUGGUGUUGCUAACGAGGCUAGCUAGUUAGCAGCGGUGCUAACAGAAGGUGUUUAAAAUGGUCCAGAACAUGUUCCGGACCGGGUUUUUGGUUCGGGCCUCACACACCCUGCUCACGUGGGUCAUAACGCUCAUACUGUUCCUGCACAACACCGAUUUGCGUAAGUGUGAGGAGCGAGGAGAGCUGCUGCUGCCGGUUGUGUUCUUCCUGCUGGUCAUGCUGUCGGUGCUCUUGUACUUUGCUGUUUCCUUAAUGGACCCUGGCUUCGUUCUCACUGACACCGUGAAGGGUUCAAAUGAGGAAAUGGAGUCGAUGAUUCCUCAGUCUUCAACCCCUCGGCUGCGGCGCUGUGGAUACUGCCUGCUGCAGCAGCCAAUGAGAGCGAAGCACUGUCAGACGUGUAAGCGCUGCGUCCGUCGCUUCGACCACCACUGCCCCUGGAUCGAGAACUGCGUGGGAGAGAGGAACCACCGCUGGUUCAUCGUCUACCUGCUGGUGCAGCUGCUCGCUCUGCUGUGGGCGCUCCACAUCGCUCUGUCUGGCAUCUCCCCCAGCGUGUCAUGGGAGCCGUGGUUCAGAGCGAACGGGUUCCUGCUGGCGGCGCUGGCCGUCGUCGGCGUCUUCUCCCUGGUGGUGGUGCUGCUGCUGGGCUGCCACCUCUACCUGGUCUCCGUCAACUGCACCACCUGGGAGUUCAUGUCGCGCCACCGGAUCUCCUACCUGAAGAACUGCAGCGACGAGCAGAACCCGUUUGACCGCGGGCUCGUCUGCAACCUGUGGGAUUUCUUCUGCGCCUGCAGGACGGUGGUGUGGGAGCAGACGUACGACAGAAACACGCCCAACUCUGUCUGAACCUCCAACGGGACGAACACUUUCAGGGAACGCAAAUCACUUCUUAACCUCAAUAGCAGAGAUUUAAAUGUUUUAUGUUUCCUUUUGAGUAACAGUUUACAACUGAAGUGGACCAAAAUCUACAUGCAAAAGUUGACACACAGACUUUAAACUAAUUACAGCAAAUUUUGAAACACUUUUGAACCCGAUUUUUAAUACAGAUAACAAAACACGAUACCUUGCUUUGCUGGCUAUUUAGUACAAACACAUUUUUACACUGUCGGCCUGUUUUUUUUAGCCAUUCCACCACUUUGAUCCAGACGGAAACAUCUAUCAGACGUUCAUGUUCCUCAGAGGAUGAAUCCUAAUGACUUUGGCUUAGAGCUGUCCCCAAAUCAGGAGUCUUUUUUUAAGUCGAAAAAGUGAGGGUCAUCAUGUAGUUGUUUGAUGCUAUAUUAAUGCUCUGAAUAUACCUAGAAGUAAGACUUGUACUUGUACCUGAAACAGAGUAUUUCUACAUGACUCUUAUUUCAGUAAAUGAUCUGAGAACUUGUUGUCAGGCAGACCUUUAUGACGGAGGAACUGAAGCUGUUCUCUUUGAUCUCUUCAAAAGCCAUGAGACUGAAUUGAGAAAAACAUUAAUUUGACCUCUCAGAAUACGGUGUAGCUGCUCUACCGCUGCCUCCAUCUGUUAGUUUGUUUGAUUUUGGGGAAUCCGAUCGUAAUACACUGACCACGGAUAAGUACCUCAUACAACCACACUUCAAACAAUCUGAUCUGUACCUUCAAACUCUCUGGACCAAGAGCGGUUUGGGUUGUUUUUUUUGCUUCUUCAUUUGUAAUACCUAGAGACCCUUUUCUGACUAAAGUAUGUCCUGGAUUUUGUACACAAGACUGAACAGUUAUGAGGUGAUAUUUAAGUCCACAAUCACACAUUUUGUUAAAAGAAGAACUUAUUUUCAGGCAUUUUUGAUGAAGGAAAGAAGCAAAAACUACUCCGGCUUUUACUCUCGGGUGUGGUCACCACUCUCUGUUUCUGUUGCCUCAUGAGAGCGGUGACCUUCACAAUACAACACUAAUGGCCUUUAUGUCUUGUGCCUUUGGUUUAUUUAUUAUUUUUUUACUGUUAACAUUCUUUUUUCAAUAACUACAUUUUGAGAUAAUCUUCACAACAAUUAUUUUACAAUUUGUUUUGGUCUUCUGUAUUUGUUCUGUUUGUAUUUAUUGACAACGAGAGUACAUUAAAACACUGAUGAUGUGCAUGA